AACCAGUAAAGGGAGAUAAUUUUAGAAAACGAAGAAAAACAAAAAAAUAGUUUUAUUAAAAGACUGACAUUUUGGAAUCAGCAUGUCAAGUUCACAAAAGGAAGUGGAUCCAUAUACAAUAAAGUCAUCCACAGAUUCAUUUGAAACCAAAGCUAAGGGUGUGUUUGAUUGCUUACUAACAUUAGAAGAUAAACAUAAAGCAUUUGAAAAAGCGAGAAAAGACAGUUCAGACGAAUCAGAUCUUUUAAAAGAUGAACCAUCAAAGGAAGAAAUAGAGACAAUAAAACCUGCAUUCAAGCAACCAAGACCCGUUGGAAGGGGACACACAAGGGGUUCAUAUUCGAGACGACCAUUUAAACGUGGUAGUCGAAUGCCAGAUUUUAACGAUGGACCUGCAAAAUGGAAGAAAUAUUCACUAGAAGAUGUUGAUGUGAUGAAUGAAGCUAGCAAUAAACAGGCAGCUUAUGCUUUCCUUGAAGAAAGAAGGAAACAAAGAGAAGGGGAGAUAACUGAGACAAAAGCAGAUAUUCAAUCAAUGGCUUGUUCAAAAGGACAGUUCACAUUUUCUAAGCGUGCCAAAAACGAAAAAACAUCUGAAAAGGAAAAAAAGGAUGAGCAAAGUUCUUCUGAAAUAAAACAGAGAUUAGAACUGACUGAAAAUGAAACUGAAAUAAAGGAGGAUGUUGAUGAAGAACAAGAAAAAAAUCCCACCGAAAAUGUUUUUAAAUCUAGAAAAUUUGGCAAACGUAAUAUAAGGUCAAGAGAAAAAAAUGACGAUGAUGAGGACACUUAGAAGCAGUUAUUUUGAUUAAAAGUUAUAUUUUU